UCCAAAUUCAUUACCCAACCGACUCCGUAUAACAACCCUAACCCUAAUGUCUUCGCUAUAAAUUGUCACUCAUUUUUCCAGCGGCCUCUAGUUCACCGUUGGGUUUUUCGAAGCAGAACAGAGCUCUCGCUUUCUCUGAGUACCUUCAACCAUGGUGAACGUUCCCAAGACAAAGAAGACAUACUGCAAGAGCAAGGAUUGCAGGAAGCACACCUUGCAUAAGGUCACACAAUACAAGAAGGGCAAGGACAGCCUUGCAGCUCAAGGUAAGAGACGUUAUGAUCGCAAGCAAUCUGGUUAUGGAGGACAAACCAAGCCCGUUUUCCACAAGAAGGCAAAGACAACAAAAAAGAUUGUCUUGAGGCUUCAGUGUCAAGGUUGCAAGCACGUGUCUCAACACCCUAUCAAGAGGUGCAAGCACUUUGAGAUCGGUGGAGACAAGAAGGGCAAGGGAACAUCUCUGUUUUAAAUUUCGUGUUGUGUUAUUUAUUUUCAGCUGUUAAUGCAACUUAGCCUGUAUGGCAAAUAUUUUGUUUAGUUGUGUUUUUGUCUGAUGAGUCAUUUUAAAACAUUUGAGUUGUUUUUUUUUGGUUGAAAACAGUUUAUGAUAUCAAUUAACUUUAGGAAUUUAUUGGGCUAUUAUCAGCAAUACUUGUUUGGUUCAA